AUGGCAUUAGAAACAUUGAUCCAGGGAAGGAUAAUAUCGAUCCCAACGCUUGAUGAAGACGUAAAGUUGCAGCUUCGUGCGUGUGGAGAGCCUAUUUGCUUGUUCGGAGAAGGUCCUGGCGAUCGACGAAGCCGACUGCGCAAUAUAUUAAUACGGAAAACGCCAACCGAAGAAGAUUUGGCUCUGCAGCGAGAAAUAGUAGAGCAGAACUCCUCUACGGUGAAAGAAGAAGCGAAACCGAAAGAGACUGUAUAUACGCGUGCCGCUCCCGAGCUCAUCGCGGCUCGUCAGUUCAUAUUUUCCUAUUCCAUCGAAAAGUCAUCCCACGCUCCUUUCACUCAUAUUGCAGAUGCAAAGAGCGCUUGGAACGUCAGCGGAAGGAGGAAACCGACAUGGAUUAUCUUCGAUCGCACGAACUUCAGACCAAAGCUCUCUGGGACCAAUACAGCGUCCCUUCUCUCUCUUUCCCUCUCUUAUCUCUAG